GUUUCUUUCGCCGUCGUACAAUUCCACCUGCAACCUGCCUUCCGAUCAGGAGCCUCAUCUGGCAUAAACCCUGUACGCAGUCCUUACCAGUCACCCUAGAGCCUAUAUUCUAUACAAGGCAGCGAACUUUUUUUUACCUUGCGAUCUACAAAAAACCACGCCAUGUCUUUAAGUUAUGAAUACAUUCCCAAAGACGAUCCACGAAUAAAUCUUGAAACACUCGAUAUAUUUAGCCCUUCUGAUCGCUGGCGAUCAGUAAAUCUUGCACCACGAUCAACCCAACAGCAACAACAAUCGGAUAGUCCAAAACCAAUUGCAGCAACCACCGCAAAUGCAGUUGACAAAAACACUGAACCCAACAACUUAUAUUGUACAGCGUGCAAAAGGAAAUUCAGUAACGAGGCAACUUUUCAAGGUCAUUUGAAAAGUGCAAAACACAUUGCAAACGAAAAGAAAAGUAAACCGAAUAAGAAAGCAGCAGGUAAUAAUGCUGCUUCCGGACGCCAACAGCAACAGCCACAAGACCCCGCUGUCAAAGAUGCUUUAAACAAAUUAAAACAGGCAUUGACGGCAGCAAAAUCGUCAAAUCCAGCACCAGCAAUAGGUGUUUUGUGGAGCUUAAGCAAAACUUUUUAUACAUUGAAACGGCCACAAAAUACCUUCCAAGCACUUGAACAGCUCAUCUAUACCCUUGAAACGCUCCAGCUCUCUUCCGACAAAACAUGUGGAUUGACACCUUCACAAGUAGCUUCGACAUUGUACGCUUCACGCUUAGCACUCGCACGACUGCUGUAUCUUUACAAGACAGAUGCAUCCAUUGCAUUCGCACGGACUUUAUCCUUGAAAGCAUUACAAGGCAAAUGGAAAAUUGAUAGCGAACAAUUGGUGAUUUUAGCACAGCAAUGUGGAGACAUACCCUUGGAUCGGGUAAUGGUCCACUGCAGAAAUCUAGGGAUCCGAUAUAUUGAGCGGGAGGAAAAGCGGGAAGGAGGACCACCAGCACCUAAAUUAGACAAGAAUCAAUCAUUUGUCGCUAUUCUUACCGAAGCAGCUGCUAUGUUUCAGAAUGAUGAUACGGAAAGCAAUAACCAACAAGGAGAAUGUGCUGUUAUUGCAGACGAUAUAGUAACAGUUACCAACCAUAAGAACGACCAACUCGAAGCGCCUAGCAACAGUGUUGCUAUUGUUUUGCUAUGUUUGACAGCGAUCGUCUCAAAACACGAGACUGGAUUUCAACCACAUUACUAUAUGGAGAAGGUAUCCGAGAUGUACGAGAAGUGUGCCAAGAUUCAUCAGGCAUCACAAGCACGAGUCAUCUCGCAUGGCAUGUCAGCUGAUAACAAAUAUGUGGCCUCAUGGAACUUGUUUAUGGCAUUAUUAUUGGCACUUGAGAUUGAUGAUUUUGUUCGGGCGGACAGCAUUAUUCGGAUAAUCGAGAAUGAGGGACUUAAUCGAUCGUAUAUGGACAUGCAGGUACUGGUGAGUAUAGCGAAGGCAUGUAAAGAGUGCGAUUAUACUACUCUGAAACAUACAGUCCCGCACCAGCUGGAACAUCUUGAGCUACUUUUAGAAGAAACCAACGUCGACAUGAUACUGCGGCAUUUGACGGAUCCAAUGAAACAAAGUGAUACGAUUGUCCGCCUGCAGAUGCUUGCUGCGCUAGUGCCAAAAUGAAAAAAAAAAAAAAAAUUAAUAAACU